GUACUGAUAUAAUUGGAUAAGAAUGAGAGCGAAUCUUCUAAUUUGGAUUUCCUGCUCACCCCCCCUUUCUCCCACUGUAUCUUAGCUAUGGAGAAGUCUGGGUAUGGUCGUGACGGAAUCUACCGAUCCCUCCGGCCGCCGCUGAGCUUCCCCAGGGACCCCAACCUGUCAAUGGUCUCUUUCAUGUUCCGGAACAUCUCUCAGUACCCUGACAAACCGGCCCUCCACGACGCCGAUUCCGGUCAGACGUUAACUUUCGAGCAGAUGAAAUCCGAGGUCUCCAAAGUUGCUCAUGGCAUGGCGCACCAACUGGGUAUCAGGAAAGACGACGUCGUCCUUAUCUUGUCCCCCAACUCUAUCCAGUUCCCUCUUUGCUUCUUCGGCAUCAUAGCAGCCGGCGCCGUUGCUUCGACGGUGAAUCCUGCGUAUACAGUUCCAGAGCUUUCCAAACAGAUCAAGGAUUGUAGCCCGAAGCUCAUCGUUACUGUACCCCAAUUGCUCGACAAAGUCAAAGGGUUCGAUUUGCCCGUUUUGCUUCUGGGUUUUGAAAACAGCAACCAUUCGGGGAUCAAUUCCUACCCGAGCCUUACAUUUUACACAGACCUGGUAAAAAAUGCAGGUUCAUUGGAUUUCGAUCGCGUUCCUAUAAAGCAUAGCGACACAGCUGCGCUGCUGUACUCUUCUGGGACGACGGGGAUCAGUAAAGGCGUUGUCCUUACGCAUAGGAACUUCAUUGCAUUGUCUCAGAUGAUAACGGCAGAUCAGGACGCGGCGGGAGAAAUGCACAAUGUGUUCUUGUGCGUAUUGCCUAUGUUUCAUGUGUUCGGGCUUGCGAUUAUCGUGUAUGCGCAGUUGGUGAGGGGGAAUGCUGUGGUUAUCAUGGAAAGAUUUGACCUGGAGAUGAUAUUGAGAAGUGUGGAGAAGUACAGAGUGACGAAUUUGUGGGUUGUGCCUCCCAUCAUACUGGCCUUUGCAAAGAGCAGUGCGGUAAGAAAGUAUACCUUGACAUCAUUGAAGCAGAUUGGGUCCGGGGCAGCACCCCUUGGGAAAGAUUUGAUGGAGGAAUGUUCCAAGAAUUUCCCCCAAGCUGCUUUAAUUCAGGGGUAUGGGAUGACAGAAUCUUGUGGAGUUAUCUCGUACGAGAAUUCAAGUAUUGGUAAAAGAAACUCAGGGUCAGCCGGAAUACUUUCUCCCGGAGUAGAAGCUGUAAUAGUUAAUGUUAGCAAUCACCAGCGUCUCCCUCCUGGUCAGUUGGGAGAAAUUUGGGCACGGGGUCCUAACAUGAUGAAAGGUUAUUACAAGAAUCCAGAGGCUACCAAGCUUACAAUAGAUAAACAGGGUUGGCUCCAUACAGGAGAUCUUGGAUACUUUGAUGAAGAAGGACAGCUAUAUGUUGUUGACCGUAUCAAGGAGCUCAUUAAGUAUAAAGGUUUUCAGGUCGCGCCUGCAGAGCUUGAAGGUUUGCUUGUUUCUCACCCCGAAAUCCUGGAUGCGGUCGUCGUCCCCUAUCCAGAUACUGAAGCUGGUGAAGUCCCAGGUGCAUUUGUUGUGCGUUCUCCGAGUAGCUCUCUGAGUGAAGAAGAUGUCAAAAAGUUUAUUGCAGAUCAGGUUGCACCAUUUAAGAGACUGGUCAAGGUAACAUUUAUAAAUAGUGUCCCAAAAUCUGCCUCUGGGAAAAUUCUCAGACGGGAACUGAUUGAAAAAGUUCGAGCGAAAUUAUGAUCUCACAGAAGUUGAUUGUUUCAUGGAAUAUGUAGCUGAAGGCGACUAUUAAGUGUCUGGCCCUAACUGAGCUUGGAACCUUGGACAACGGUCACAUACAUCCAGUAGUUGGCCUUUUACACGCUUAAAAAUAUACUAGUUUUUAUACUCGUAUGCUUGUUGCUCGAUUAGGUAAAUGCCCGAUAUUAUUAUGUAUAUAGAUUGUACUUGUAGGGCUAGUUAUGAAAUUCAAACUCCAUGCAGAAAGAACGAAAGUGAAAUAAAGUUUGAAGUGAGAAGAAAAAGUACAACCAUUUUUUACA